UUGCACCCUGGUGAACGACAAUAAACUAAUCUAGCUACUUAAAAGAGGAGUAGCAUUAGGACCUGGUGGAACCCUUCUAAGCCAUGACUUUGCUGUAAAUAUAGCAGCUUCAUUGCACAUACUCACUUCAGUGGGAGUUCUAGGGAGCCUGCACACAGAGACACUUCAAGUGCAAGGAAUGCCCUUGUUAUUGCUCCCCCAAAACCCCAACAUGGAGCAUGACUGGGUCUGAGUCCAUCCUCAAGUAGAGCGAUCACUCCACAAGGCUUCACUUUUUAUUGGUGGAGCCCGUGCGCUCUCACUUCCAAUGUUCCAGCUGUGCAAGCUCACUGACUCAUUGUUCAUCAGUAAUUCCCGGUCGGCCUGUGAUGAUAAACUCCUUUCGGGAGAGGGGGUGACGUUUUGCAUCAACGUGUCGAGGCAGCAGCCCUUCCCGGCACUGAGGGUUGGCACCUUGCGCGUCCCCGUCUUCGACGACCCAGCCGAGAACCUCUUCAAGUACUUCGACAGGUGUGCCGAUGCGAUUGAAGGCGUCAACCGGGAAGGCGGCAGGACCCUCGUGUACUGCAAGAAUGGCCGCAGCCGAUCUGCCUCUAUCUGCACCGCCUACCUCAUGAAGUACAGGUGCCUCUCCCUCCGGGAAGCAUUCGAGCACGUGAAGUCAAUAAGGCCAACUGUGGAGCCCAAUGAAGGUUUCUGGGUCCAACUUCAAAGGUAUGAAGGUGAUCUUCAGUCCAGACAGAUUGGAACUAAUUCUUCAACCAAUGGAUAACUACUUCAAGAUGGACAUCCGCCCUGCACUGAGAUAGUCUCUUUGAAAUCUGCCUUACUGAUAUAGUUCCUGGCACUGCAAGUCGCAAAUUAUGCAGCCUUAUUUUAUUCACAGGUUUACUGUUUGAAAAGAGAUAUUGUUUAGAUUGUAUCUGGCUACAGUACGUCAUGGUAGUGCUUCUACCAUCAAUAAUUUCAGCUUUUAAGAUCCUGCGCCACUACAGAUCGAAAAUAAUAGAAGAUAUUUGGGAAUGAAAAAUUUGGAUGAAGAGUUUGCUCGGAAAAGUUGCUGGACAAGAGAAGGAAUGUAGAUACAAGGAACUACAGAUGUUGGAAUCUUGCAUUGAACACAAAGUGCUGGAGUAACUCGGCGGAUCAGGCAGCAUCUCUGCAGGACAUGGAUAGGCGAUGUAUCACUUCGGGACCCUUUUAUCAGACUGAUUGUAAUGGGGGCGACAAAGGUGGAGAAGUGAUAGGGGCAGGACAAAGACUCAUUUUGUCACCCUUUUGUCUUCUUAUCUCUAGCUUUUGUCCACUUAUCUGCCAAUGAAAAUUCCUUCUCACCUGUAUCCAACUGUAUUCGGGUCAAGACUGUCUGAAGAAGGGUCUCGACCUCAAACGCCACCCAUUCCUUCUCUCCAGAGAUGCUGCCUGGCCUGUGUGUUCACUGCUGUUCUUUCCUACACAAGUGAUAGUUGGAUACAGGUGAGGAGGGUUUUUCAUUGGCAGAUAAGUGGACAAAAGCUUUGUUGCACCCUCGCCUAUUUUUCCAGCUUUUUCUCCCCCACUUCAAUCAGUCUAAAGAAGGGUCCUGACCCGAAACAUCACCUAGCCAUGUCCUCCAGAAAUGCUGCUUGACCUACUGUGUUACUCCAGCACUUUGUGUUCUAAGAGAAGAAAUGUGUGGUUUAUUUAAUCGCUGGAAGUGCCAUUCAUAUGUACCUCUGUGGAACAAUGGUUAGUUUGGCAACCACUCGUUAUAACUCGUUAAUCAUAAAAAUAAAACUCAGGAAAUACCCA